AAUAAAACCACCGUAGAAGAAGACGUAGAGCUUCGUCGUCAUGGCGCUGCCUCGGACUGUGUACAACCUUCUGUUCAAGAGAACGUCGACUUUCGCUCUAACCAUCGUGGUUGGAGCCAUUUUCUUUGAGCGGGUAUUUGACCAGUGUGGAGAUGGUCUGUUUGAUCACUUGAAUCGCGGGAAACUAUGGAAACACAUCAAGCACAAUUACGAGCGCAAAGAAGAGGAAUAGGAUGCUGCCUCAGGGUGUCUCCUGCAGAAGGGAAUUUGUUGUCACACUUCCAUGAGCCAUUCUUCCUGGACUUCACACCUGAGUCCCAGACUACAUGGAAUAUGUGCCUGAAGUUCUCUUCAGAUUAUCUGCAGCAAAUCCCUUGUGAUCUGAAAGACUAUCCAGAGCAUUCUGAAGAUUGAGCAGUGGUUUCUCUCAACUCAUCCCUCUUGUGGUUGUUUGUAAUGACUUCCAUCUUCUUACAAGUUGUAAAAGGUUAAAUUAAACAUGUUCAUGUGUCGCC